AUGCUGAUGUAAGUGGGAUAAAAAGACUUUCAAAGGGCCGACGGGCCCGUUUCGUCUCGAAUCCAUUUAUAAAAGAAAUAAUGCCAUCGCUGAUACUUGGCGUCGGGAUAGGGACUUUUAUCGUAAUAACGCUCGUCUUGGCGUCGGUUGUCCUCUGCUGCAUAUCGCUACGGACGCAAAGCAACGUCGGGCCGAUUUUUAUCGUCUUCUCGACCGUUAUCCUCACGAUUCUUUUUGCUAUACCGAGAGGUCCCGAUAGCACUCAUGUCACCGCUCAGAAGAGUGAAUACCCACUUUUUAUCUGGCGGCUUUGCCUCCUUUGCCUUUUAGCGAUAUCAACCUUAGGGGGGGUUGUUUUCCUGAUUGCUGACUCUCUCACAUCGAUCCAUCGCCCAAAACUUUUAAAAGUCUGAAAUGGUUUUAACGACUGUUCUUCCCUCUGCUUCUACAUUCUUACGAGGGCUGAGAAGGCUGAAGAACCCGUUUCUCUCUUCUUAUCAAGUCAGGGAUAAGAGUUUUUGUAUAAAAAAUAAUGAAGAAUUUUUAAGCAAAGUGAUGAACAGCCAAAUUCCUGUAAUAGUCAACUUCCAUGCCGAAUGGUGUGAUCCCUGUCACAUCUUGACGCCAAAGCUCCGAGCACUCACCGACCAAUCAGAAGAGGUCAACCUUGCUAUUGUUGAUGUAGAAGCUAACCCUGAACUCGUUCACACUUUCGAAGUCAAAGCUGUUCCUGCAGUUCUGGCAAUAAGAAAUGGCCUUGUAGUCGACAAAUUCAUUGGCCUAGUCGAUGCAACCAUGAUCGAAAAACUCGUUAAUAGGUUAACUGGAAAAUGUAUGAAAUAAUACCAAAUGUUUAACACUUCCUAUGUAUAAACUUCAAAUCAACUGUAUAUUAAAUUGGCCAAAAAUUAUUUAACAGUCAAA